ACGAAUAAUGGAGACGUUAUUGCCGGGGAAUACGAACAGUCAAUCGUAUAGCCCGCAGCUGAAGACCGUGUUGAAGACAUAUCAGUUAUCCGCUGUGAAAAGCUUACAGGGUCCGAGCUCAGCCCUGCUUGGUAUGGACUGCAAAAGUUUAUUGCAGGAACAACCUUGUUACUCUCCCAACCGAUCGAGUAGUUGCGUUAUCGACUCCGAACAGAUCUCCAAAGACACUGAAAAGGACAAUAAUUCGUCGGUGACGCCUAUCGGCCCUUGCAAAGUUCGCAGAACCGAUCAACCACUCGAAGAUUCUGAUGAAGACCCGCAAUUGGAACGAUCGAAAAAUAUCUGUGAAAAGAGGGAAUUGGAGUUUCAGAUACCCAUUUUAACAGCUCCAGACCAAAGUUGUUCUGAAAGAUGCGAGACGAUCUUGGAGGGCGAGAGAAUAUCGUGUUUUGUUGUAGGGGGCGAAAGGAGGUUAUGUUUACCACAAAUAUUAAACACUGUUUUGCAAGAAUUUUCUCUUCAUCAGAUCAACCAAGUUUGCGAUGAGUUGCAAAUCUAUUGUUCGCGAUGUACCAGAGAUCAGUUGGAAGAACUUAAGCAUUCAGGAAUCCUACCACGCAAUGCUCCUUCCUGUGGCCUUAUCACUCAAACAGAUGCCGAGAGGCUUGUCAGUGCUUUACUACUACGGACAGAGUCGUGCGAUCCCUCUCAGAUCGGUAACCAAGAUAACAUCGAUAAGAAAGCAUGUACUAAAAAUGACAAUGAUGAAGAAUCCAUUGUCAAGUUUAAGGUGUAUCAUGAGUGUUUCGGAAAAUGUAAAGGCAUCUUUGAUGCAAGUUUGUUUGAGUCAGAUGAUUCAGUGUGCAUAGAGUGUAUCGAAUGUGGCUGCCAAUUCUCACCUCAACGUUUUGUCAGACAUGCUCAUAGAUCUCUUGAAAAUCGUACGUGUCAUUGGGGCUUUGAUUCAGCAAAUUGGCGGUCAUAUUUGUUGCUUUCACGAGAUCAAGAACAUUAUAAUAAGUCACUCACUUUGUUUCGAGAAUUGAAGGAAAAACAUCUCACAUUGGGUUCCAAGCGAAAAUCAGAGUUGCGGCAUGAUUCAGAAAAAAUAAAACGAAUUAGAAAGGAUAUAGGAAGAGAAGAUUGUCCAGGAAUUUAUAAUGGAAAUGGCUUAGGCAUGUAUCAUCCUGUAUCUCAGGUAGCCAAUGCAACUGAUCCAUAUCUACAAAUGUCAUGGGCAGUCUUUGAAUUAGCAGCUAGAGGAGCAUCAGCUUUUAGACCAUGGAAUACCACAAAUACUUGCAAGCAUAAGGAUAAUUCAUCGUUGGUGCCUGCGUAUCUCAGUCGUGGUCCACCUGUACUACAACAUCCAGAGCAUGUGGUUCCUCUCUCUGAAUGCAAACGUUUUGAACCACACUUUCAACCAAAUGUAGCCUUAGCACCUAUACCUGCACCAUCAGUGCCUGUAGUACUUCCACCAUCUGCUCACCACCAACGACGACAUCAUCAUGAUCAUAAACGUUAUAGCCAUCACACAUCGAGUUCUAAUGAGAAGAAAGAAGCUUCAUCGGAUAAUGUCAAAUCUGAGAAAAUAUCCCCUAGUUCUGGAUCUAGUAUUGGUGUAUAUUCUGCAUUCCCUUCUUACACACCUGGAAGCAAUCAAAAAGAACUGCCUCAAAAAACUAAACAUGAAAUGGGUGAAGAAGAAGAAAGUAGUGCUGCUGUAACAUCGUCUACGAUAAAUAUAGAACCACCUUUGGCUGAAAUUGGAACCUCUUCACUGGAAAGUGAUUCUGAUUCGGAAGGAACGGCAGCGAUAGAUUUGGAGGAAAGGUUAUUAGCUUUGGAAGCACCACAAGAUGUUUUGGAAAUGGCGCGACGCAUAGUUUUAGAAAAUGCACAAUUACGACGUCAUCGACGUUCGGAUGCACGUGAAAUAUUACGGUUACGUAAUCAAUUGCAAAUGCAGCAAAUACAAUCAUCUAAUGAUGGUGAUAAAAAGGAGGAACCAACAAACGCAGCGAGCGCAGCAGAUAGUACAGAAGGUAGUGAAGAAACGGAAGCUUUAUUACCAUCAAAUAAUAAAGAGUCUGAACCUGUUGUUCUAGCUGUUAGUAAAGAAUAAAAUCAGUGAUUAGAGUUUUUUAAAUUAUUUAAUACAAAACUGCUCAGCAAUUUUUUGCAACGCUCAUCUUUUAUUGGAUAAGCAUGCAUUAAAUUUAGUACUAGUUAUAAUAACGAUAAUGAUGAAUUCUAAAUAAAUAAAAACUGUUUAGGUUAUGUGAUAAAUAGAGAGCCUUUAACAUUAUAACCAUUAAUUUGAAAUUUUUAUUGUAACCAUACUUUGUUUAUGUCGAUUUUAAUUAAAAUCGAAUGUAGAUAUUGUAAUAUAGUGAAAAAGUAACAUAAGUUAACCAAAAUUUACUAUGUCAUUUAAUAUAAUUAUACUUAAUAGUCUUUUUAACAUGUUCCGUGCCGCAUGGGGCGUAUAAGCCCCACGCUGAACUUCCUGUCCAAGGCAUUAAGAAUUUUAGUGGAAUAAAUGUUCAAUCAUGUGUUUGUUAAAACAAUUCCACAAAUUAAAAAAUAAAACAAAAAUUAAAUUUAUUGCUUUGAUCUCUAAUAUGUUAUAAACAAUACACUCCUUUCUUGAUAAUUAUGUUAUUUGCACUAUUAUUUAAAAUUUAAUUAUUAUUAUUUAAAAUUUAAGGUAUAAGCAAAACUAUCAAUCAUAAUAACGUGGGACGUAUAUGUUUGACACGGCCUGAAUGGAAAGUGACAAAAAAUCGGUCCGGCACGGAACGUGUUAAAUAGGUUUCCUGUGCAUAUUAAAUAUGCCGCAAGAUUUUGAUGAUCAUUCGUUUAAUUGUAAAAUUAAACAGUGAUCAGAAAAUAAGAGAUUAGAUUGCUUUCCAUUUACUUUUUUAUAGUCAUGAUUGCAUAAUGUAAAUAUGAUUCAAGUACCAUAGAUGUAUGUUUAUAUUGAUAAUAUUAUCAUGCAAAAUAUUGCUAAAGUACAAAAAAUCUUUAGGUGCUAUAUUAUUAUAUUAGGAAUGUUCUAAGCAAAAAUCUAGGUGUAUUUCAGCAGUUCGUAUUACACCAGAAUAUCAGAAAUCUCGAUUAUGUUCUAGUUAUCGUUUUUAUAGCGCGAAACAAUAAUAAAAUUAUAUUUUUCGCUAGUAACCUUCAUAUUUGAGUGAUUAUAAAUAAAAUAAGUUAAUUAUUUAUACAUUUCAAAAUUAUAAAAUUAUUAUUCAAGCGAUAUACUAAAUCGAGGAAAUUUAAUUUAUAUAAAAAAGUUAUUAGCUUUUUGUAUGUUUAGUUAUUCUUGUAUUAUAAAAAAACUUAAUUCCAAUUAUGAACAGUUGGAUAAAAGAUUGAAAUGAAUAUUAUUUUAUAAAAAAUGCGUAAAAUCGUGUUAUGUAUAUUUUCUCUCUCUCUCUCUCUCUCUCUCUCUCUCUCUCUCUCUCUCUCUUUUUAUCUAUCUUUUGAUAUCAAUAUUUAUUUGUGACAUUGUAUCUACAUAUCAUUUUAGUUAUAUAUAAAAUUAAAAGAAUUUGACCCUGUGGGUUUUAAAACAUUAAAUGUGAUUUAUUACAAAUAUUUUUACACGAUCAAAAAUUAAUUUGUAUAGAGAUAAUACAAUCAAUAUUUAUAGAGAAUUCUGAAACGAAAUUACAAGCACAACUGAUUCUUAUUCAAUGUUAUUUUCAUUUUUAUUUGUUAUAAUAGCAUGUACAUGCAAUAAUAGAAGCAACACAUUUUUUCCAAGUAUCCUUGCAGAAACAACACUGAUUUAGAGAUGCAUAUAUACCUAGAAAUACACACUAGAUAUCUAAGAAUAAAAGAAUACGCGAAUAUAAAAAUAUAAAGAUAUACAUAUUUAUAUAAUAUAUAUCUUUAUAUUUGUAUAUGUUAUCACCAUAUAUUUCUUAAUCUUAUUAAUUUAAAUAUUUGUGUAUUCUUUUAUUUUCUUAAAUCUUUUGUCACUGUUUUAUUUGUUCCAUCUCACAAUAUGUAAAGUGAAGCAUAAUUUAAAUCUAAAUUUAAACUGAAAUUUUGAAAAUUCAGUGUACUCUUAUUAAAUUAUAACGACAUGAAUUUCUCUCUUUUGAAGUGCUAGUUAAAUAUUUUAAAUGUGUAAAAUAUUUUAAAAAUUAAACAUGUAUUAGAAAGGUUGUUUUAUAAGCUUUAAAAGCUUUUUGUAUCAGGUACAUAUUAGAACAAUAUGAUAUAAAUCUUACACAUAUUUACAUAUGAUAUAGCAAAGGAAACAGUAAUUGUAUAUUUGUGUAUUUGAAAUAUACAUAUACACAUAUUUCGAGACUGCUUCGGAGAUCUCUUAUCACGUACAUUUUUCUAAUGUAACAAGAGUGCCAGUAAUUCUUGUAUCAUAUUAAAGCACAACGCAUUAAGAAAUUUCCAUUUUCAAUUUUAUUAUUCAUAAAAAAAACACUCGCUUUUUAAAUCUAAGUAAAUCAUGAAUUUUCAAAGCAAUCUGUUAGAGAAAGGAAAAAAAUUGAUAAAAGUGUAUAAAUACAAUUGAUAACAUAGGAUAAUUGCAUUCAUAAUUAUACUCCAUAUAACAUUUGAUCAAUAUAUAUAUGACAUGUAUGUUACAUCGUAUUGUUGUAAUAAUAUAAGCAUCCCACCUAAGGUGAACAGUUUAAUAAUUUAUGAUUUUCAUACACUCGGUUUAUUAUAGAAUAACUAGAAUAUUGUGGUAAAUAGUACAUGUAUGAAUCGCAUAGGAAGGUCGGUUUUUUUGCAUAUAUCUGAGAUCUGCGUAUAAAAAUUUCGAUAAAGAAUUAUGUAACUGCCAUGACUAAAAAUGUAUUUUAAUUUCGAAUGGGUGAUGUAUUUUAAGUUAAAAAUGGGAAGUUUACAAAUAAAUACAUAAUAUGCGACGCCUGACUUUAUUAACAUUUAUGCACGAAAACGCGUUAAUGUGGAUUUCGUUCGUUCGAAUAGAUAUUAUUCUGCCAGUCGGCUCUUGAAUUAAUUAAGGUGAUUUAUAAAAAAUAAAACGAGAUGUUAUUAAGUGUUUCGUAAAUAAGAAAUAUCGUUAUUGUUAUGAUACAUUUAGUUCAAUUUGAAAAAACGAGAAGACAUAAUCGCGUGCGCGGGUGAAUAGUAAUUGUAGUAUAAUUAUUGCAUUAUUAUACGCAUACGCUCAAUAUUAUGCACAAUAUUGUAUUCAAUAUGCGUAUAUUAAUACAUCAAUAUUAAAAAACUCGUUCGAUUCUCAUUUCAAAUGCUAGGCUAUAAUAGAAUUCCUGCUCAUGUUAGAUGUAGAUAUGAAAUACCAAUCGAAUGAGUUUCCCAUUGUUUUCUCUUUAUAUAUCCAUGAAUCCAGGAUUCAAGAAAAUAAACUAUUGAGCGAUAGUUAAAGCGUUCAUUAUGCUAAAUAUUCAGAUGCAAUAAAACAUUAUUAUUCGGUGCAAUUUAUUUCAUAGAAUUAAACGACCUUAUACGUGAUAAUUAUAAGAUAGAAUAUGCGUAAAAUAUUGCUUUAUGAUCGAAUUUAGUAAUAAUAACUAGUGUGUUUAUUGAUCCUUGUUAACAUAUAUAAAUAGUGUGCACACUCUUUCGAGGAUAAUAGAACGUUUUAUUUCAGACUGACUUCGAAUUUGUUUUGUCGAUGAAACAAACAACAAACAGAAGCUAUCGGCUAUGUUAAUUGACUAGUAAUAUGGAAACCAUUUGUAUUUACCGGGGACGUGGUAUGUAUGUAUAUUAUGCUAGUAAAAUGUGCUAAGAUUCUUGUGCGAAUUAUCACGCACGCUAUCAAUAGUUUAUUUUCUUAACUUACACUUACUCUUCGAUAGAUGGCAUAAUAGAGUUAGACGUGCAGAAGCUCAUGAAAGUAUUUCAACACUUGUCAAAGAAGACUUUUACGUAUAUAUAUACGUAACAUAUAUAUUGUAUGUAUUAUAUAAAACAUUUAAAAAUUGCAGCAGCGCUGUAAUGAGACAUUACUAUCAUCUUGGUCAAAUUUGAAACUAAUCUGAAAAUGUAUAUACAAGUUACAAGAUAUUUAUUGCAAACAUAUAUUUAAUAAAAAAUUAAUACACAGCAUGAGAGAAAGAGGGAGAGAGAGAGAGAGAGAGAAUAACCGUUUGAAUAUAUAAUAAAUGUCAAAAAUUGCACUACAUAUUUUGUAUCUUCUAUGUACAUUUUCUAAUAUAUUUCAAACUACUAAUAUACUCAUGGUAACUGGAUCUCAUCACAAUGUUAGCGAAAUAUUAAAAUGUCUUGUAUCACGCACACAAUAUAUUCAUAAAAGUUUUUUAUAAGUGUUCGAAUAUUUUCGUAAGCAACUGUAAAUGUGUUUCGUACACUACAUAAUUAACGAAUACUCAUAAGAAGUUAAAUACAUAAAAGAAGUGCAAUAUGAAAGUACAAAAUUUGAUGUUUUAUUUGAAUUUUGUAUAUUUUACAACAAAAAAGGUGAAAAAGUGACAAAAGAAAUAUGUGGAUGGCUUCUCCGAUAUUCUAAAUUUUUUUAAAAUAUAUAAGACUUUCGAAAAUGUUUUACUAUCAGAAUCUUUAAUAUAUGUAAGGCCAUGUCUCUGAUAACGUACUUAUAUAGUGUUGAACUUUUGAAUAAUACUACCUAACUAUAAAAAAAAAAAAAAUAAUGAAAGCGGUUUAGAACAAUUUAACGUUAUACAAUUUUCUAAUCACUUUAAACAUUAUCUUGAAUUUUUGUAUGAUCGAAUUUCUAUAUUCGAACGACGAAUUCCAUAUUCUUAUGGGUCGAUAUUUAACGAUGGAUAUAUGAAAUAUAGCUCCAGUAUUGAUCUAAUUUUUGGCAUAAUUGUAGGGUAAAUGUAUAUAUAAUUAUUUUCCAAAAAAUACUCAUUGUUGAAUGUAUAUGAGGGGAAAUUGUUAUAGAUAAGGCUAUUAUCGUCAUUUAUAUUAAUUGAGAUAAUAAACGACGUUUCGAUUAAA